AUGACGGAGAAGCGGACUCCGUGGAUAUUCAGACUUCUGUUGAUCAGCUUCGCAGGAGCGCGUGGACUCAGUGACUUUCCAGAAAACUUCGUAAUAGCCAGAAGGAAUGAUGGGGAAAGUUAUUCAAAUCCAGUCACACUGACCUGCGGCGGCCGGGGCGACGGCGCCGUCACAUGGAAGUUUGGUGGUGAAGUGAUGGAGGACUCGGAUCCCUUCAUCCAGCAGCAGAAUCAAACUCUGGUCCUCGAUGAAGUCGACACUCCGAUGUUGGGAGAAUACAGCUGCUGGAGAGGAAACCAGAUGGUUUCAUCCACCUACAUACUGCUGCAGGAGAAGGAGGAAGAGGAAUUUGAUUCUCUCCUGAAAUGUCGGGCCAGGUCUUAUGACUGUGAGUUCAACUGCAGCUGGACCAGCAGUGAAUACACCGCAGUGCGUCUCGGGCUGGGUCCUGACUGCAGUGAAGGUGGGGAGUCAUGUCACUGGAUCAGAAAGAGCGGUGUGGAUCCAGACGGAGGCCUCCAGUUUGUCCUGUCCCACAGCCUCACGCCCUACUCUGAGGAGAGCUCCAAGCUGGAGGUCACGGCUGAGGCCAUCAAGGACCUGUCCAUCGUCAGGAAGACCAGAAGGUUUUAUCUCCGGGACAUUGUCCAGCCUGACAGUUCCCACAUCGUCAGGUGCAAGGAGGUGGGGGAGAACCUCAACGUGACCGUCGCCCCCCCGCCCAGCUGGUCCAUUCCUCACAGCUUCUUCAGCCUGGAGCAUGAGAUCCAAUAUGUUCUCAGAGAUGAUGGAAGGACUGAAUGUUCUUCCACUUCUUUGGUUCCAAAGGGGAUCAGCAGGCUGAGGGUCCGCUCCCGAGACCCGCUGGUGCCCUCCGCCUGGAGUCUGUGGACUCCCUGGACAAAUGUGACAAAAUCGAAAAAGAACCCAUGUAAACCCAAAAAAAGGGGGCCAAAAAAAUGCUGCCAACAGUCACCACCUGGAUCCUCAGACCACUGCAAGAAGAGAAGGAAGAAUGAACAAUGCUGGUGGGAAUGA